AUGUUGACCGAGAUGGAUAGGUCAUUAUUGACAAAUAUUCUCUCAUCUUAUGAUAAAACUAUUAAAAAUGCAAAAUGUCUCAAUAAUACAGUUGUACCUCAUAAAUCUCGAGUAAAAUUGCAAAAGUAUAUUGAUGAACGUUGUAACACAUUCUCCUUAUUGAUAGACUAUUUUGAACAUAUUCCAGAAUUUCAUCAACUAAAUAUUAAUGAUAAAAGUUUGUUGAAUCGACGUAAUUUAGUUCAUUUACUUUCAAUUCAUCUUCUAGCAAAGUCAACAGUUAAUAAUAUUGUUCAUCCAUGGGAUAAAAGUGAAUAUCUUGUCUACGAUUAUGUUUAUGGAACAGCUCUUCUUAAUAAAAUGGAUACAUUUCUCAAGUCAAGCGACAUCUUGUUACAUGAUUCAAUUAUUGCCAAAUUACUUUUAAUCGUUUUAGUAUUUUCAACAAGUUUAUUAACAACAUUUACACAAACAAAUUUAAGUAUGAUUAACGCAUAUUCCAACUCCAUCCACAUUUUCCAAAUUCAAAAUAUUUACACAGAAUUACUGUGGAAUUAUCUUUAUGAUCGUCUUGGAGAAUAUCAGACCGUCUAUAUGUUUUCAACAUUUAUUAAUCGAUGUUUACAUAUGCAAAAUAUUCAAUUUGAAAUUGAUCAAAAUUUUAGUCAACGAAACGAUCUUUGUCAAGUUGUAUACGCAAGUCAAACAUUGUUUGAUUUCAAAUAA